AUGACUACACUUGACAAUAUUGAUCAAGAACCAGAACAUGGAAGUGAUGAAUUAGUUUUGUCAGAAAAUAAAGAAAACAGGACUAGCGAUAAUCAUGAAACAGAUCAAUCCAUAGGACAUAUGCGUGAUGAAGCCUUAAGGCGUAAAGAACGUCUAAAGCAAUUACGUAUGAAAAAUGCAUCACAUAAAAGUAUUAUACACUUAAACAAUAGCGAUAAUGGAGAAUUACCCAAACCUAUAUUUCGUAAUUACAAACCACAGUCAGAAGAAUUAAAAGAUGGUGAAUUGCCUGCUGGUAAACCGGUAGAUCUGAACAAGCACAUCAUUGCACAACUGGAAGCUGCCGAUGCACCAGUUAUUGUUGAUGAAGUUAAUUUGGCAAGUCUUGCACCUCGUAAACCUGAUUGGGAUUUAAAAAGAGGUGUUGAGAAGAAAUUGCGUAAAUUAGAACGUCGAACUCAACGUGCUAUCGCUGAAUUAAUCCAUGAAUAACGUUGAAUGAACUUGUUUGAUAAGUAAGCUGUACAAAUGCGAUUUAUCAUGUAAACAAAUUCAAAGUGAAUAACAUAUUCAGACCAGAUAGUUGAUGGAGUAUAAUUAACAUGUUUCAAAAUACAGUAAUGUAAUCACUGCUUUUUAUGUGUCAGUCCCCAUCACUUCACAUUAACAAUAUAAGAUAUACAAAAUAACAAUAAAUGCUUGAAUAUAUGG